CCAGGAAGAGACUGACUUAUUUCUGUCAUACAGACUCUCUUCUCUCUCAACAAAAGCAAAAAGAAUCAAUGGAAAAAGGAAGAGAAACUAUUUAAAGAAGGAUUUUUGAGAAGUGUGUUUGUGAACAGACGGCAGAUCUUUGUGAAUCUCAUGAUUAAUAUUUUUUUUUAAACCAUUGUUCAGAAAGUGAAAGUAAAGUUUAGAUCGGUGGAGCUCAAACAGGAAAAAUGGAUUCACUAUCUGAAGAUGAUUUUUCUUGUCCUGUUUGUCAUGAAAUCUUCAAGUCUCCUGUUGUUUUAUCAUGUAGUCACAGCUUCUGUAAAGAGUGUCUUCAACAGUUCUGGAGAAUCAAGGGAACUCAGGAGUGUCCUGUCUGCAGGAGAAGAUCCUCAAGAAAUCAUCCUCCUCUUAAUCUUGCGUUACAAAACUUGUGUGAGUCGUUCCUGAAGGAGAGAAAAGAGAGGCGUUCAUCAGGGUCUGGGGAAAUCUGCAAUUUACAUGGUAACAAACUGGAGCUCUUCUGUCUGGAGGACAAACAGCCGGUGUGUUUAGUGUGCAGAGAUUCACAACAACACGACAAUCACAAAUUCAGACCCAUCAGUGAAGUGGUUCCAUCAUAUAAGGAGGAGCUUAAUACAGCAAUGAAGUCCUUACAAGAGAAACUAAAACACAAUGAAAAAAUAAAAAAAGAGUUUGAGAAAACAGUUCAACACAUCAAGUCUCAAGCUGAUCAAACAGAGCAUCAGAUUAAACAGCAGUUUGAGAAGCUUCAUCAGUUUCUCAGAGAUGAAGAAGAAGCUACAAUCACUGCACUGAGAGAGGAAGAGGAGCAGAAGAAGCAGAUGAUGAAGGAGAAGCUGGAGGAGAUCAACACACACAUCUCAGCUCUUUCACACACAAUCAAAGACACGGAGGAGAUGAUGAGAGCCAGUGACGUCUGCUUUCUGAAGAAGCUUCCAGACUCAAUAGAAAGAGUCCAGAUCUCAUCACAGCCGGAUCCACAGACUCCUUCUGGAGCUUUGAUUCAUGUGCCGUGUUACUUGGGCAACCUGCCCUUCAGAGUCUGGAAGAAGAUGCAGGACAUCGUCCAGAACACUCCUGUGAUUCUGGAUCCAAACACGGCUCAUCCACGUCUCCUCCUGUCUGAUGAUCUGACCAGUGUGAAAGACAGCGGGAACAAUCAACCUCUUCCUGAUAAUCCUGAGAGAUUUGACUGUUAUCCCUGUGUUCUGGGUUCAGAGGGUUUUAACUCAGGAACACACUGCUGGGAUGUGGAGGUUAAAGACAGUCUCUGCUGGCAUCUUGGAGUAACUACAGCUUCAAACCAGAGGAAGGGAGGGGAUUUCUUUUACUCUGAUCCCUGGUGUGUGCAGUAUCAUGAAUCUCCAUAUCUCUCCCUAGUCACAAAAUGUGGUUUUCCUGUUAAACAGAGGCUGGACAGGGUAAGAGUUGAUCUGGACUGUGAAGGAGGAACAGUGUCAUUCUCUGACCCUGUAACUAAAACACAUCUUCACACAUUCACAACCACCUUCACUGACACUGUCUUCCCAUUCCUCUGUUUUUGGUCCAACUCUCUGAAGAUCUUACCGGUCAGCAGUCAGUCAUCGUUACACCUGUAGGUCUGGAUCUUCCUGCUUUCAUCAUGUUCUAAUAUUUAAUCCAUAUCACAUGAGUAAGAGUGCUGUUGAUCUGAAUAUCAGUACAGCUGUGAUUGAACCACAGCUGAUCACAUGACUGAUAUCAGCUCUACAGACACACUCACACUGACACACUGCUGUGAGACAACAGAUCAAUAAACAAUAAAUAAUGCAAUUCAUUUAGUGAGAUUAAUCAAACUGUAAUAUGAUUAUGAGUUUAUUAGAUCCAUCAUUGUCUGCUGAGGUUAAGUUAAUAUCAAGUCACUUCAUUUCAGUCACAGUGUAUCCAGAUAUUUUCAGCAUUCAGUCACAGAAAACAUGGAAACAUCAGGGAAUUUGAAAACUAUGAUCUUCAUUUCUGGAUUUCUUUUAUGGUAAUAUAUCUUUAUUCAUUACUUUAUCCCUAGAUUUAGUAAUCAAGCGUCACGCUGCACUGAAUUAAACACAUGGUGAAGGUUCAAAUCAAUCAUGUUAUUUCUCAAAUCUGACUGAUGAGAAAUAAUUAUGUGUUGUGAAUCCACGAAGAUUUUAGGAGUCACGACUCGAGAAAAAAGCUUUCUGGAGAGAGAGAAAACAGUUUAAAGGAAAGAAAUGUUAGUUUGUUUGUUUGUUUGUCAGACUUUUUGUUGUUGGUUCAAGUGUUGUAAGCAGAAACAUUAUGCUAAACUAAAAACCAGUGUUUAAUCGUGUAUCAUUAAAGAUCAAAUCCAGUAAAGCUGUCUUUCUUCA